UUAUAAUUCUGGCGACUAUUACUCGCUAUUUAUCGAUCUCUCUCCGCCGUUGUCCUCGACGUGUCCGCCAUACAUGUGCGCCCUCGAGUCGGUAUACUAGACAACGCCCCGCUCCUUCUCUCCACCGCGCAGUGUAACUGCACUUGAACGCAAACUUUCUCUCCAAAUCCGAUACUUGUUCACAGCUCACGAAGAGCGUCGUAUAAUCAUGAGUCCAACUAUCUCCACUUCGUAUGCACCGGUUGCAGAAGGGAAUCCCAAGGCCCCAGCGAUCCAGCUCCCUGACGGCACCGUCCAAAGGUCCACACUAUUAUCCCCGAACUCCCAGUGCACUUCCUACCGCAAUGGCCGUGUCAACCUAGACACAUUCUCUCCCGUCAACGAAAACGGGAGUUUCGAGUUUGAUCGGGUUUUGAAGACCGGCAAGGUCUUCCGUCGCGUGAAGCACAAGCAUGCAUUCCGGGCCUCCUGGAAACCCGCAUAUUUGGUUCUCCGGCCAAACCUUUUGUCAGUAUACAAAGAUGAAGAGACUACAAGGCUACGGGCCUCCAUCACGUUAUCCGAGGUCACCGCAGUUGCAUCCGUUAGGUCGCCCCGGUCAAAUCGACAGCAUGUAUUUGGGGUAUUCUCUCCGUCCAAGAACUAUCGAUUCCAAGCAUCUUCAGACAAAGACACCGAAGACUGGAUCAAACAGAUCAAAGGGGAAACUCGCAUGGAUGAAGAUGAGGAGGCCUUUCUGGCAUUGUCAAAGAAUGGCGACACUGCGGGAAACAACAAGCGCCGCAUUUACGACACCACCGAUCAUUCUGAUUUUGAUCAUCGCGGAAGGCCAAGCUCCCCUGAAAUCGGGGAUUCGUUGUCGCCCACCUACCAGUCCAAGCGAUUUGCCUCGCCCCACGAUCACUCAGGGAAUGACAUCACGUCCUAUUCGGAGUGGUCUGAUGGGCCUGGGAGCAACAACGGCGUUCGCUUGAAAUCUCCCUCCCUCCCGAACCAACCGGCAUCGGUUCACAGUGAUGGACAUUCUUCAGUCCCGCGCAACGAAUCUGGCGUUUUUCGUGACCCGGAAAGAGUUGUGUGCAAUGGAUAUCUUCAAUGUCUCAGGAUCAAGGGAUCCAUGCGCCAAUGGAAGCGGCUGUGGGUUGUGUUGCGCCCGAAAAGCCUUGGUUUCUACAAAGAUGAGCAGGAAUACUCCGCGGUCAAGGUCAUCCCCAUGGCUCAGGUGAUCGACGCCGCUGAAGUCGAUCCCAUGUCACGCUCGAAAUACUACUGCCUUCAGAUAAUCGCAGAAGAAAAAUCGUAUCGGCUAUGCACUGCCGACGAGGAAUCUCUAGCGAAGUGGCUAGGUUCUCUGAAGAGCAUUCUUGUCGCUCGCAAGAAAUUGGAGCCUGCGCCAGGAGCAGCAGGCCUCCGUUAAGGAACCCACUGUACAACAGAUUGCCGAAUCUUUCGACAUCUGCUGUUAUUCAGCAUU